GAGAAAAAAGAUGCUGCACGCGUAUAUCUUACUGUUCUAUACACAAGCGGAGGUUCCGGAGAUGGAGAGCGUCGUGAAGAAACCGGAGCGGCACUUCGUGCUGGUCCACGGCCUCUGCCACGGCGCGUGGUGCUGGUACAGGCUGGCCACCAUCCUGCGCUCCGCCGGCCACCGCGUCACGGCGCCCGACCUGGCCGCGUGCGGCGCCAGCCCGGUGCGCGUCGACGAGGUGCGCUCCUUCGCCGAGUACAGCCGGCCCCUGACCGACGCCGUGGCCGCGGUGCCGCCCGGCGAGAAGGUGGUCCUCGUCGGCCACAGCUACGGCGGCUACAGCCUCGCGCUGGCCAUGGAGGCGCACCCGGACAAGGUGGCCGUCGCCGUCUUCGUCGCCGCGGCCAUGCCGGCCGCCGGGUGCCCCAUGUCACAUCUACUCUCGCAGAUCAUGGAGGAAACGGCGACGGACUCCGCCACGGACAGCGUACCGGCCGUGACCGGCGGGGCGGAAACGUUUCUCCUGGGCCCCGAGCGCCUGUCACGGCGUCUGUACCAGCGAAGCUCGGCCGAGGACCUGGCGCUGGCGACGGCGCUGGUGAGGCCGGCGCGGUGGUUCCUCGACGACGCGGCGAUGACGGAGAGCGUCCUGACCGCCGACAGGUACGGCGCGGUGAGGCGCGCGUGCGUGGUCACCGAGGAGGACGCGACUUGGGCGGCGGAGUCGCAGCGCCGGAUGGCGUCGCGGUGUCCCGGCGUGGAGGUGGCGGCCGUCGAGGGUGCCGACCACAUGCCCAUGUUCUCCACGCCCCACCGGCUCGCGGCGGUCCUCAUGGAGAUCGCCGACAAGUACAUCUGAGCUAGACAUCAGCUCAUCGCCGGUACUGGCUGCCGUUUGCCAUUGUUCGGCACUGAUUCUUGCGCCGAAAGGAGAAUCAUCAACAGCUAAAAAAGCAGAGCAUCUCGCUAUCUUAUGAACUGUACCAAUAAUAAUUAAUAAACAAUCGAAAAUACUUUU